AUGGGGAGGAGGGGCCUAUUAUACGAGCACGCCAUCGAACCCCUUUUGGCGACGUUCAACCGCCGCACCCCCCUCCUGCUGCUCUCGCUCUUCUGCACCUUCGCCCUCUUCGCGUGGUACCGGUCGGCGUCGGUGGUACCCUUGCUGCACAGCGACUACGGCGCGUACGGGCGCAAGAGGGGGUUUGACGGACAAUGGAACUACCGUCGCGAUGCCGAGAACUUGAUGCUGGACUCGCAGCAGUGCGAGCAGGCCUUUCCCGGCCUGUUUGAGGAGGUGGAGAGGCCUGUCAAUGAGAGGAUGCACAAUCCCAUCACCUUGGAAGAGAUCGAUGCGAUCCCCAAACAGAAUGGCUAUGUUCGGGCCAUGAUCUAUAAUCAACAGCUCUACAUCAUUGCAACUGCAGGAGGCAUCUACUCUCGCGGGAUUGCCACCCUCCACGCCUUGCACCGUGCCAUUCUGACGUCCCCGGAACCCCUUCCCAACAUCGAGUUUGCAUUCAAUACGGACGACCGCAUACCCUCGGUCCCGCUAUGGGGAUACGCCCGCCGCGCCGAAGACACACACAUCUGGCUCAUCCCGGACUUUGGCUACUGGUCCUGGCCGGAGACGAAGGUGGGCUCGAUGCGCGAGGUGCAGAUGAAAGCGGCCCUGACGGAGCAGGUCGAGGGAUGGAGCUGGGGUCGAAAAAUGGGCAAACUGCUCUGGCGUGGCGCGACCAUGGGCCUGGAACUCCGCGAACGCCUGAUCCAGGUAACGGCCGACAAGCCCUGGGCCGACGUCAAGGCGCUGGACUGGCACAACACGGAGUCCAUGACCCACGACCUCAAGUCCAUGGCCGAGCACUGCCAGUACAAGUACCUCGCCCACACCGAGGGCAACUCGUACUCAGGCCGCCUCAAGUACCUGCAGGCCUGCCAGUCGGUCGUGGUCGCGCACACGAUGGACUGGAUCCAGCACCACCACCCGCUCAUGCGCGCCAGCGGACCGCAGCAGAACUACCUCGAGGUCAAACGCAGCUUCGAGGACCUGGAGCGCAAGAUCGAGUGGCUGGAGACCCACGACAAGGACGCCCAGCGCAUCGCGGCCAACAGCGUCCGGACCUUCCGCGAGCAGUACCUCACGCCGGCCGCCGAGGUCUGCUACUGGCGUAAAGUCAUUCACGGCUGGGCCCAGGUGAGCUUCGAGCCUGAAUUUUUCAAGGUCGUCAACGGCACGUCGACGUGGAGGGGUUUGCCUGUGGAAUCCUACCUUUUGGAGCGCAGAAUGGAAUGGGAUCCUUACUAG